CUUCUAUCUAACCAACACACAUCCUACUCACAUCACAUCAACCAACACCAUGACCAUCCCCCACCCCAACAUCCCCAGCCACCAACGCGCCGCCAUCCGCCACGGCACCGGCACCACAUCCACCACAACCAUCGAAACCAUCCCCGUCCACCCCCCGGGCCCAGGCCAAAUCCUGCUCAAAAUAACCUGGACUGGGCUCUGCGGAUCCGACAAAUCCCUCCUCCGGGACGAAUGGACCGACUUCGGACUCACCAUGACACCCAAAGCCCAAGGCAUCGCGGGCCACGAAGGCGUCGGCACGGUCGUAGCCAUUGGCCCGGGGAUGGAGAAUCGGUGGAAGAUCGGGGAGCGUGCGGGGGUGAAGUGGAUUGCGAGUACGUGUGGAGAGUGUGAGUUCUGUUUGACGGGGACGGAUGAGGUCAAUUGUGUCAAUCAGGUGAAUAGUGGGUUUUCGGCCCCCGGGACGUUUCAGGAGUAUUGUCUUGCAGAUGGGCGGUAUGCGUCCAGGAUUCCGGAUGGGGUGGCGGAUGAGGAGGCGGGCCCGAUGAUGUGUGGGGGGGUUACGGUUUAUGUGGCUUGUAAGAGGUCGAAUGUCAAGGCCGGGCAGUGGAUUGUGCUUCCCGGGGCGGGUGGUGGACUGGGCCAUCUGGCGAUUCAAUUUGCGCGCGCCAUGGGCAUGCGGGUGAUUGCCAUCGACACAGGAGAGGAGAAAAGAGAACUGUGUCAGCGGCUGGGAGCGGAGGUAUUUAUUGAUUUCCAACAGACGCCGGAUGUUGGGGCCGAGAUCAUCAAGAUCACCAAGUAUGGUGCGCAUGGGAUUAUUGUGACCGCGGCCACCAAGGCUGUCUAUGCGGCGGCGCCCAGAUAUCUUCGGCCGAAUGGCACGUUGGUGGCCGUGGGAUUGCCCAAGGAUGCUAGCAUUCUGGCGGGUGCACCCCCGAUUUUGAUGGCGUUGAAGAAAUUGAAUGUGGUGGGAUCUAUUGUCGGGAGUCUUAAGGAUGUGGAGGAGGCUCUGGAUUUCACUGCGAGAGGCAUUGUGCAUCCGGUCUUGACCAAGGGCAAGUUGGAGGACCUGGACUCGUGGGUCGAGAAGAUGGCCAAUGGCCAGCUGGCUGGUCGUGUUGUCCUUCAGGUCGCAUCCUGAUCGGGAGGAUGACGAGGGCAAUUACCGUGACAGCAUUCCGAUGCAGUCUUCAGAAGUACAACUCGUAACAAUGUAUUUUGCAAAUUUCAUGUUCAGGAAGAAGAUUCAAGGCAAUAAGUCAGUAACAUACUUUUCAUUCAAGUAACUGCCGUAUAUGUUCAAGAACUCCUAAUUAUACAGUCGUGUUGAACCGAUCCUCCUCGUCACCGGCCUUGGUGUACGUCUCGCGUGUGUCCAUCUGCUCCUGCUCGUCCUCGCCCAACACCAGAUUCUCACGCUUGAUCGCGUCUUCCUCCGUCUCAACAGGAGUCUCUUCGUUGACUGCAUCGGUUGCUGGGGUCACCGGCGUCGCGGACUCUGCCUGACGCUUUUGCGUGGUGUUAACCAAGGGAGUAUCGUCGUUGAACAGACGCUGAAGCAUGGCGCGACGGUCUUCCUUGGGAAGCAUGAGGUUGACGGAGUGCAGGGACCGCCAAAGGGGAAGGGU